GUUUCCAUUCGGAAUUAUUCCCCCGAGUGUCUCCCCUUCAGGUCCCACGUAUUAUAACCUUGUUACCCCCCACAGUUUUGGUGUCAACUUUGGCCGAGUAAUUUCCAUUGAUUUCCUUUAUUUUAUUCGUUUAUUUUCCUGUGUAUCAGUCAUGGCGAAGAAUCAAGGAACGAGCUGGACAGAGGCGAGGGACCAAUUGAGGACCUGGAGGGAGAAUUCUGAUCGGAAGAGUCGGGAAAUCGUCGGUCUCUGGGACUCACUCCUUGUCAAUAAAGUGGAGAAUCUUGGAAACGAGAAGUACUUAGUCCUGGAACAAGUAUGCGUUGCUGCACUGGACUGCUAUCGUCUCCCUCUGGCCGAAUAUUGCAUAAAAAUACUGAUGAGGGAUUUUCCUGGGAGUCUCAGGGUGCAUAAAUAUCAUGUGAUGCAUCUGGAAGCCUUGGAAAUGUACCCAGAGGCCCUGGAGGUCCUGGACUCGAUCAUCAGGCGAGACGAGACCAACGCAGCCCCAAGGAAGAGAGUUGUUGCGAUUUUGAGGGCGAGAGGGAUAUAUACUGAAGCUAUCCGGGAACUCACUGAUUAUCUCAAGAUCUUUAUGAGUGAUCAGGAAGCCUGGCACGAGCUCUGUGAUCUCUACCUGCAGGAGCAGGAGUAUUCCAAGGCUGCUUUCUGCAUGGAGGAGUUGAUCCUCCACAAUCCCCACAGCCACUUGAUCUUUCAGAGAUACGCUGAGAUCAAGUAUUCGCAGGGGGGAGCCGAUAACAUUGAAGUCGCUAAAUCGUACUUCGCUCAGGCUGCCAAGCUCAAUCCCAAUAAUAUACGUGCACUCUAUGGAUUAUUAUUGACUGCCAACAACAUCGCCUCAUCUUCCAAGUGGCCGUCCUCGAAGAGACGAAAUGCUACAAAAACGAUUGAAUGGGCAUCAGGACAGAUCAAGAAGCAGUACAAAGCCAAAUCCGAUGAGAAUACUAUAAAAAAUGUCGUUGGUCUGCUGAAUCAACUGCAGAUCGAUGCCUGAGAUCACACUCGAGUUUAGCCUGAAUUUGUAUCUUUUUAAAAAUCCAAACGAUAAAUCCAUCAAUACUUAUUGACUUGUAUAUUUGUUUCAAUAAUUGUAAUAUAUGUGUAAAUGCCAUAUUCAUGUGCAUCACAAAUAAUGCACAAUUAUUAUGAAAAAUAUCGAAAUGAGGGAUAGCAAAUCUUUUUUUUGAAUAACUUAUCAAUUUGUGGAGACACUCGGUUGUCACAUUCCUAAUCAAUUAAUUAUCACGAUACUUUAAUAGAAUAAAAAACAAUCGAAUUCACUAUAGAAAUAUUCACGAUUAUUUAUUGAAAUGCGUUGAUUAUAUUUCUAAGACAAUUCAUUGAUUUAAAAUGGAGGAUAAUGUUGACUGUGUGACUUUGUGAGAAGUCGAGAAAUCGUUGUAACUCACCCUAAGAUAAGUAACAGAAUGCAAUUGAAGUGAAUAACAUAAAUAAAUGUUUGUUAUUAUCAUGGGAA